AUGAAUCUCAUUCGCUUUCUCCUCGUGUUUCAAGGUAAAAUUCAGAUGAACGAAUCAAGAAAAAAAUUGAAUUGUCAGAGUCGUCAAUUCAAUGUGGACAAGAUCAGUGAUCUUCCUGAAGAUCUACUCGUACACAUAUUGUCUUUACUUCCGACGACAAACGAUAUUGUUGCCACAAGUGGUGUAUCGAAACGAUGGGAAUCUCUGUGGACGAAGGUACAUAAACUUAGGUUCAACGAUAGAAUCUACGACGGUAAAAGGUACGAUAGUUUCCUUCACUUUGUUGAGAAAUCUUUGAUAUUACAUAAGGCUCCUACUUUAGUAAGCCUCAGACUUAGCGUCGGUCCAAAAUGUACCGCUGAUGAUAUCGGAUUGUGGAUUAAACUCGCGCUGGACCGCAACAUCUGCGAGCUAAUAAUCAAACAUUAUCCCGAUCACGGACACAUCAGGUUAUCUAGGAGACUAUGCGACAGCAAAACCCUAGUUUCCUUAAAACUCAAGAACGCAAUUCUUGGAGCUAUUUGGCUCCCAACAUGUUUCAUUUCACUCAAAACGCUUCACCUUCGAUAUGUGAAGUAUUCCGGGGAUGAAUCUGUUCGUACUCUCAUAUCAAGCUGUCCUUCACUUCGAAAUCUUGUUGUGAAACGACACAAUGAAGACAACGUCAAGAGAUUUGCUAUUAUUGUGCGUUACUUACAGAGCUUGACGGUUUAUUUAUCACCUCUACAUGGUGUAGCAGAUUCAGAUGCAUAUGUGAUAAAUACACCUAAUUUGAAGUACUUAAACAUUAAGGAUCAUUACACUGAUCUAUGCUCUUUUGAAGAUAUGCCUUACCUAGACGAGGCUAAUCUCGACGUUGCCUUCACCCAUACUGAGAAUUUUUUUGAAUCUCUUACCUCUGUCAAGAAACUUUCCUUAUGCUUGAAGAAAUCAAAUGCUCAGUAUCCUGAGGGUAUUAUCUUCUCUCAGCUUGAUCAUUUGGAGCUAUGUACAUGUGAUGAUUCAAAGUGGUUGAAUAUACUCGCAAUGUUGCUUCCAGAUUCUCCUAAACUUCGAGUUCUCAAGCUUAACGAUAAGAACCAUGAUUUCGUUGACAAGUACUGCUCUUGUACUUGGAACCAGCAACCAAGUUAUGUUCCGGAAUGUUUGACUAAAAGUCUUGAAAUUUUCGAGUGGCGAAACUAUAAAGCAACAUUCAGAGAGAGAGACGUUGCGGUGUAUAUCUUGAAGAAUAGUACUUGCUUAAAGAAGACGGUUAUCUCCCCCAAAUUAAAGAUUUCAGGAGAGAUUUGUGAUCAUCAUAUUAUCAGAGAAGACUUGGCAUCUUUGUUCAUGGGCUCGAGUUCUUGUGAACUUAAAUUCGACUGA